GCCAUCCUUUCCACGUAUCGAUCAACCAACAUGGCCGCUCCACAACUCCCACAACUGCAAGAACUCUCAACAUUCCCAACUGCCUACCCUGAAACACUCCCAAGCUUCCGAGCAGACGAACCUCCUCAGGCCGCCUGCUUCGCCCGUCUUCGCCGCCGGCUCCCUGAAUUCCUCUCUUACCGUAACGACCCAACUGCCCCCAGCAAACACUCCCGCCUGCGUGCUCACCUCCCCAAGUUUCGUGCGCCCAAUCCCCCAGAUCGUCCAACCCUCAAACAAUGGUUCCAGCGCUGUUGGCUCGACGUCCUUACGCAGCUUCUCUGCAUCCUCGUCGCCUUCAUCAUCUACCUGACCGCGCCCCCGCUCAUGACACGCUAUUUUCCCUUAUACCCAGGCAUCCACUCUGCCCCUUGGGGCCUAAAGCACGGCCAGCCGUACAUCAACGAGUACAUCAACACCGCGUGGAGUGCGGCGAUUAGUUUUUUUGUUCCGUUUCUGCUUAUGGCGGCGGUGUCAGGGUGGUGGUUCAACAGCUUCUGGGAUGGGAACGCCGCUUGCAUCGGCCUCGGCUACGCCCUCGCCACCUCCACGCUCUUCCAAUCCCUCAUCAAAGUCUCCAUCGGCGGCCUCCGCCCACAUUUUCUCUCCCUCUGCAACCCGCCCAUUCCGCCCGCCUACGGCGCUACGGGCCACGCCCCAGGCGUCAUGUACUACACAACCGACGUCUGCCGCGGCGACCCGGACAAGCUGCACGAGGCGCAGAUGAGCUUUCCGUCUGGACACGCCUGCGCGGCGUUCGCAGGCUUCGGCUUCCUCGCGCUGUACUUCAACGCCAAGUUUGGGGUGCUCGGACAUAAGCCGCGUGAGGACGAGAAGGGAGAUGUCAAAUCUGGGGCGGGAAUAGUACAGGUCGGUGUGGAGGAGGUGCAGCAGGAUCAGCGUAGCUUUACGCGGGUUCCCCACUGGCGGCUCGUACUGUUUGCUGCGCCGGUGCUGGUUGCGGUCAUUAUGGCUGCGAGCAAGAUAAGGGAUAUGUGGCAUCAUCCUGUUGAUGUGGUGUUUGGGGCUUGUGUGGGGGUGCUGUUUGCGCUGAUGGCGUAUCGGAUGGUGUACAGGGCGGUGUGGGACCAGAAUAAGAAUCAUUUGGCCAGGGACAUUUUGGCCAGGGACAUGGGUGGAGGGGAAAGGGCGAAUGGUGGUGUGCAAGUGGGAGAGCCUGGGAUAGAUGACAAGGGAUAUGUUGUCUAA